AUUAUGACGCGUUCAGACUUCCCAUCAAGACGCCUGAGCGUUACUUUUGGCGUAAUAUCUGUCGUGUCAGACUCUGAAUUCGCCGAUAUCGCCUGCAGUAUGCUCCAUCAAAUCGCACCACAGGAUGGGAAGUCUACCGAUACAUCUUUUAUUAAUCAGCUAACUUCGAAUGAUGAAUUAGCGCCGAUAUUCGAGUUUAUUUUUAACCACCAGAACGACCCAAUUGACGCCGUUAGAGAAGCCUUGAUGGAUACUUUCGAGAUACUUGUUAGUCUUCUCGCGAUGUGUUCUCCUGCCACGGUUGCAUCGCCGUUUCUGCAAAGUUUGCUGAACCGAGUCCUGGAACAGCCAUUAUGGAUGCGUAAUACUCUGAUUCUUAUUCAUAGAUUCUUUGCCUCUAUCUUUAAGGAAACUAGUCAAACCAGCGAACAGGCCAUCGAGUGGCUUGUCUUCGCAGGUUUUCCACUCAUUUAUAUGGAACAUCCAACUGAUCUUUCUUUGUCCGCUACGCGUUCUUUUGCUCUGGGCUGCACCCUCAUUAGCGCCGCAAAUGAUGUCGCUUUGUCGCAACCAGCGGGCGAGGUGUUUGCACUUCUUGCUUUACACUUCUCGUCGAUGGAGAGCGAGGCCAUGAGAGCGUGGUUCUUGGCCAUUGUGUGGAUGGCCAAACAUCUUUGCGGAGUUCCUCAUGCCUUCUUGGAUAAAGUUUUCAAUUUGGCUCCGACGCUCCCAUCGGCAUUGAUUAAAAAUUACUCCCAGUAUUUCACAGAGGAAGGUCUGUCGACUCUCCUACACUCCUAUCGUUAUUGCUUGACUAAAAAGGGACUCAAGCGUCUACCAAUCACUCCACCCGAUUUGAUUCUCAUAUCUCGUGCCCUCCGGAGUCAGGAUCGUCAGCUCAAUCAGGAGACAGUUGGUGUGAUAGAGUUGCUCCUAUGUCAAGCUCACAUCAACGACGGGGAUCUGAUUCAUUUGUUCAUUCAAGCGAUUGAUGUUGGAAUUUGCUGUUUCGACCAUGCUGCAUGCAGUAAAAUGUGCAACGCAAUAACUCGGGUAACUGAAUAUUUCCUUUCACUUCUUCAUCGCAUGAAAAGUUCUGCAAAACAGAACCAAGCUUUUGAUAAUGCUAUGGUGGGUUUACUUUCCUCCUAUGGGAGCACAGAGUUGCGGAAUUUCGGACUAAUCAAUGUUUUGGGUCUUCAGGAGACUUUCAAGAGGGUGGCUUCAGCCAUCUUGCUUCACUUACAUCCUGGCGGUGUACCCACCCACGUUACUAACGCCCUCGCUUUCCUAGUCUCCUUUGUCGAGGUGCUUCUGAGUAACGAGACUGAAAAUGGUGCGCUUUCACUCUGCCCUACUUUCCACUUUCUUUUGAAUAACCUCUUUCUUGCUGCGGCAAAGCAGAUUCUCUCUACCACUCUCCCCCUCACCAAUCAAUGGUUUGGGUUGACUGUGAGAAAUGAACUUGAUUCAAAGCUUUUCGGAAUUGGCAGUUAUGUUUAUCACUGUAUUCUUUCCGUAGGUCUGUCUCAACCUCUCAUUCUCCUGUGCAGUGCUAUGAGCGAAUUGACGGGUGGUUUUGAUGAAAACAACGAUAGGUCGGCUGAGAUUCUCCUCACUUCUCUCAUGGCCUGUUUGUGGAGCACUUUCUCCAAAGACAGGGAUAAUGCCCAAAAACUGAUUCUUCGGUUGGGUUUGCUCAAGUACAUGAAACCUACCUCCCUUGUUUGGCUGUGGCGAAAAGCGCUGACAGAGGUUGGGCGGAGUGUGCGACCCGACGUAAACGCGGUUGGAGGCCACCUGGUGCUUACGCUGCUGGCAGCACCAUCAUUGUCAUCGAUGGAGAUAGAGCUGGGAGGAGGUGAUGUUGGAGUAGCCCUUCUGGCUACCAGCGGAACAGCUGUCAGGGCAGUGGUCGCAGUACACCAUCUGCUGUCCAUCCUCAAUGAUCAAAUUCGUGUGGCUGAGGCGAGUGGGGACGGUCUCCUCAUGGUUUCCGUUACUGGACCCUUCUAUCCCCUCCUCAACAUCAUCCGCACCCUCAUUCACGACCCUGGGCACUGCAUGCCCUCAAGGCGAGUCAAUACUGACUCCAUUACACUACGGUCGCAUAAUUGUUUCGUUUUUAUUCUGUCCUUCUCCAGGUGGUUAUUCGAAAAUCCCCCACCUGAGUCUUUGCCCGUCUCCUUAUCGAAGGACUCUAUUUGCAAUCGUCUCUUGGACGUUGCUAUGCGUAUUGCUCGUAUCUGCUCCUUCGUAGUGUUCCACUCCUCUCCGGAAGGAGUUCUAAUUUUGCUCGAUGAGGUUGGACGGAAUGCUAAGGUCAUACCGAGCGGAGCAGGCAAUGAAGAUCUAUGGAAUAAGGAGUCAAUUGCUUUAAUGAACUACUCGGUCGCCGACGCGGAGUCGGCGUAUGUGCUACGUCGGGCAGUAAAACGACCAGAGCAUCUGGUGGUUAACUGCUGGCGCUCGGUGCGAGAGGUCGCCCUCCUUCUGGGCGGACGCCUCACUCGCGAUGCUCUCCUCUCCGAUCCUUCAUCAUCCCAACUUAACUUUGCUCAGGCGAGCUCCUCUAAAUACCAGUUGAUACGCUCCAGGCAUCCUGGCGCUUUUGAAUUAACAGCCUCAGGAUUCCAGUCCUUCUGUGAAAUUCUUCUCAGGGUACGGCACUGCCAAGAUGUCUGCCAGUGGCCGGAGCAGUGGUUGAGCGUGGUGAUAGCUGAUCUGACGAGCACCGUCAUCCGCCCCGUCGCCUCACAGAUAGGUCGCCUUCCGCUGAAGUACCUGCAGGACUACACUUACUGCUCUACACGUCGCUCUGCUGGUCUUCCCUUUUUCGUACAGACGUUGUUGGUGGCCCUUCAUAAGACUAGUCAACUGAGUGUUCUGCUGAAUCGAACGGUCAGAGCCCUCCUUGCUGAGUUAAAUGGAGAAACAGAGGCUACAACGGUUCCGUCGGACUGCAAGGCUCGGAUAAGGCUCCCAGUCGUCGAGCGUCGUCUACAUGUCAUAAAUGUGCUGCGAGCGUUGGUUCGAGAUGCCACAAUCGGACCUUUACUGAAAAUCCAUCUCGAGGCCAUUCUGGUUUGCACCUUCGAAGGUCUUGACUCUUCUCUCUGGAUGAUACGCAAUGCGGCGCUCAUGCUCUACAGUGCUCUAAUGGAACGCAUUUUCGGCGUCAAUCGGACGCGGGAUUGUGAAAGCAAUAAAAAUCGAAUGGCCUCCUCUGUCUUCUUUGCCAAAUUUCCUGGAAUGCGCGACUUCAUGCUAAAGUCUUUUGAAAAAGCGAUUGGCGGACUCUAUUCACCAUCGAUUGGUAGAGCAAAGUUGUUUGCUCUUCUCAACUUCUUGAAACGACUUCUUCCCCCCAUACAGCAAGCGACAGCGAAUGGUGUCAUGGUGCAGGCAUUUGUGCCCCUCGUUUUCAGCAUGCAGAUGCCAAAUUGGCUCUUUGUCACUUCUGCUGAUAGGUGCGCCGGAGCUGCGGAUGUUAGAAUUCGCAUGAUUGCCGCCAGGUCACUGAUUGCUGUGCUGCAGCCCGCGCGUCUAUCAUAUGUAGCACGUCAGAUUCUCCUCAUCGUUUCUCCUUACUUUACUUCCCACUCGUCUUGCCUUCAAACCAACUUUGUCCAUGGAAUGCUCCUUCAAGUUCGUCUCACUUCUCUCCUUACUAUGAGUUACUAUGUGGCUUUUGGCUUUUUAGAAAUUCUCAAAUGCGAAUAUUUCCCUAUUGGUGAUGCUGACGCGAUGCAAAACAGUCCACAUCAUGCAUAUUUAAGCGAAAUAUCUGCUUUACUUUCUGAUAUGAUCGCGGUGUGCAUGGACUCGUCGACCAAUCUCUGUCCAAUCAUAAAACAAACGUGCUUGGCAUGCGGUUUGUCCUUUGGUCUUCCAGCUAUGGUGGCGAGCAUCAAACCAAAACGAUAUCGCCCUCUUUCCGCACCAUGUGCCCUUGACUCAUCCGCUAUGGAGCUUCUGGUGCAACUUUGUAGCGCAUUUAAAGACGGCCACUCUUCUCUCCAACGGAUCGUUAAGGAUGUAUUUGAUGGUACUAGUCCAGAGUUGAAACGUAUAACUCUGGGAUUGCUCGUGAGGCGUCUCAAUGGCAAUGAUGUUCUUUUUUCACGAUGUUGGCGUUUGCUGUGGUAUGAGGAUGCUGUUAACCUACUUUCAGAAAUUUCAGCCCCACCUUUUCAUACUAAGCCAAAUGGUGAACGUUUGGAAUUAUCAGCUUACAGUUCGCUACUCGUUGAUGCAAUUAUUGCUUUUGGCAAUCGUUCACACCGGCCCCAUACCCUGAUCGGUUUCCAUGCGUCGCAAUUGCUUGCAUACCUAGCCACUACCUCAACUUCAGAUCAGCCAUUAACCCACAAUAAGUUGUUGGCGCAUUGCCGUCAGCUUUUCACUUCGAAUGAGGGAAUCCCUGUUCACUUGGGACCGCUGUUGACCGUCUAUGCGUUGAUCUCGCAGAAUAAAGAGGAGGCGCUAGAUUGUCUUGCAAGAUGCAUAGAUCCAAAACACCACUGUCCCUAUUGGAGCACUCGAGCUGAGGCCCUCCUAGCUGUCGAUCGCUUUAUGUCUCAGAAUAUCGAGAAUAAAAUUUGUGUCCACUGUCACAUUCGUAUCAAUCUGGCUGUUUUGCGAAAUCUUUUUUUGGAGGCUGAUGACGAAGUGUUGAUGAUAGCUUCCACAACGGCCUUUCAAAUACUACCAAAAUCUGAUGAGCUGCCCCAGAAACCACUGCCACCAGUUAUUCGGCCUGCUUUCCUAUUUAAUUUCAUUUCCAUGUUUAAGUAUCCUGCGGUAAGUAUCCUCCUUGAUUGGUUCAAUGAAGAGCUCAAAGAAAAGACGGAACACUGUGGUGAUUUUGAGAAUGCCUCGGGUGUGUUUGUAACAGACGAAUCUACUACCUCAACAAGUAUCGUGGUGUUUGCUACACUUCUCUGCUCAGCCCUCAAGGAGUGGGCCUUGGUUUCGCCACAGGCGGACAAAAUCACCUUUAUGCUGGAUCAGAUAUGUCGUCGUGGUUUGGCGCAGUUAUCGACUAAACCCUCGUCUGAGGGAGACUUUUCACAUUCAAUUGGAAGUGAUACUCUUCUACGAGUAGUAACGCAGUUGUUUGCUCGUCUACAAAGAGAUCUUCAGGAGGAAUCGGAUGUAUGA